AUGAGACAACGAGUUGGAUAUGGGAGCAGGGGAGGAGGCAGAUUGGGGGAGGAGAAGAGGUCACCAUCAGUGGAUGUAGUGGCACGGUACCACUGGAGGAGAUUGACGAGAGAAGGCAAAGGGUCAUCGCGGAAUCCGCCUAGAUCUGGUGGUUUGUUGAAGUGGUGGUGGUGGCGGAAAACUAGAUGCGGGGCCACGUGUGGCUCCCUGCACUUCUUCCUCUUCGAGAUGGAGGAAGCCGGAGACGAAUUCAAAAGCAGAACGGUCAACAAAUUGGUGCAAGACGGUGACAGCGAUGGAGGGAGAUGCAUCAAACUCCAGCGGGGCAUUUACUCGAGCUCCGGUGGAUAAUCUGCAAUCAAUUAAUGGCGAUGGGAGGAGGGGACAUAGAAAAGAAAGAUGGUGGUGAGUUGCUGGGGGAGAAGAAGAGGUUUGGAAGUAAAAGAGAGUAGGAGCCUAUAACCAGAUUUUGCCGUUGUUGUAGGACAAAUAUAGCCAUUUCCGUU